AUGCACGACCUGGCGACGUGGGAUCACAAAUCCGCCGAGGAAUAUCGGCGCGAGGGCCGCAAACGAAUCCUCUCCCGCUACGACACAAUCCAUUUCGAGAAUACCGAGAUAAAGCAAGUGGAAAGGACUAUCGAGGGUUAUUUCAAAGCCUUCGAUACCCAUGGCCGGUUCUGGACCAGUCGUAAGUUAGUUCUUGCCAACGGUGUUCAGGACAUCUUCCCCGAUAUUGAGGGGUAUGCGGAUUGUUGGGCGACGGGGAUCUUCCACUGUCUAUUCUGUCAUGGCUUUGAGGAACGGGGCUGUGCAUCGGUUGGUGUCCUGGCUGUUGGAGAUACGGGCAAUACAGUGGCUGCUAUGCUUGUGGCGCGUGUGGCGCGCAUGGCGAGGCGGUUUGCGGAUUCGGUGACUAUCUACACGCAUGGUGCUGAGGAACUGGGUCAAGUUCUUAAGGACGCGGCUGAGGGAACGGGCAUUAAAGUCGGAAAACGACCUAUUUCACGGCUUGUCAAAGGGGAAAGUAAGUCGGAGGUACAAAUUGUCUUUGAGGACGGCAUGAACAACACUGAAGGCUUUCUGACACAUAAACCAAAAACCCAAGUCAAUGGGCCCUUUGCGGACCAGCUAGCUUUAGAUCUUACCCCUGAUGGGGAUAUCAAGUCUACUGAGCUUUUCUACAGCACCUCUGUACCCGGUAUAUUUGCUGCCGGUGAUUGCGCUGGUCCCCUGAAGGCUGUGGUAACGGCCAUGACAAGCGGGUCUUUGGUAGCAGCCGUAUUGGCUGGGCAGCUACAGUCUGAGCUCUACGCAGCUAAGAAAGAUAAGUAA